UUUAUUUUUUUUUUUUUUUUUUUGUAUCCUUAUUUUUUUUUUCUUUUUAUAAUUUAUUUGUAUACUAUGUUGCCAAAGUUAUUCCUUCUUGCCGCCACUGCUCUUUUGAGUGUUAAUGCCCAAUCAUCCAGUGCUUCUGCUGCCGCCCCUUCUGGUGGUGCUUUUACUUUCAAAGAAACUUACCCUUCUGGAGGUUCCAAGCCCGCCCCUAAACCUGAAUGGAUGGAUUUGAUCAAAAACGCCAACAUCACCAACGCACCCGUUGUUAAGGGUGGUGCCAAUGGUCCUACUCAAUCUGGUAGUGCUGAUCCAUACUGUGAUUGGACUUUCACAGGUUGUACUCGUCCUGAUGAUAUUGUUGCUUGUCCUAAGGGUCAAUGGGGUAUCACUUAUGAUGAUGGACCUACACAAUAUAGUUCCAAAUUAUAUGACUUUUUGGAUACUACUCAACAAAAGGCUACUCUUUUCAUGAUUGGUGGUCAAGUUGUUGCUUUCCCUGAUCUUGUUACUCGUGCUUACAAGACUGGUCAUGAAAUCGCCAUGCACACCUGGUCUCACUCUUACCUUACCACUGAAACCAAUGAACAAAUCGUUGCUGAAUUGAUGUGGACUGCCACUGCUAUCAAGGAAGUUACUGGUGUUACUCCUCGUUUCUAUCGUCCUCCUUAUGGUGAUAUUGAUGAUCGUGUUCGUAGCAUUGGUCAUGCUCUUGGCUUCAUUCCUGUCAUUUGGAACCACGAUACUGACGAUUGGAAGGUUGCCGAAGAUAAGUCUUUCGAUGAACAUUGGAUUGAUGGCAAUGUGACAGAAUGGGCUAAGGAAGCUUCUUCUGCUACUACUGGUGGUAUCUCUCUUGAACAUGAUCUUUACCAAAAGACUGUUGAUGCUGCUAUCCGUGUUUUGCCUACCCUUCAAAAAGCUUAUAAGGUUACCACUGUUGGUCAAUGCGUAAACCAACCAUCAUACAAGGAAGGUGGCGCUCAAAACUCUACUACUUCUGCUUCUUCUUCUGUUGCUCCCUCUGCUUCUUCUUCUGCUGUUUCUCCUGCCAAAUCUUCUGGUUCUAGUGAUGCUGUGUCUCCUGCUGGUGCAUCUUCCUCUUCUUCUGCUCAACAAUCUACUUCUGGUUCUUCUCGUGCUGCUGUCAGUUCCGCUGUCUUGGUUUUGGGUGCUUCCAUUGCCUUCAUGUUGGCUUAAUUUAGAUGAUAAACCCCUCCAUUGUAGUUUAGAUGAUUCUUUUUUCUUUUUCUGCACAUAAUCAUUUCUACAUGCACACACUCCCUUUUCACUCACGCAUAUACUCGUAAAACAAAACUUUCCCCCCUUUUUUUUAUAUUCUGUAUCAAAUAAUAUAUUGUAUUCUAGAUUUAUUUAUUCUUUUUGUCCUGUUCAUCUUUUUUUUUUCUUGUCAGUGCCAGAUUAUAAUAAACAAAAAAAAAA